CCAGUCGUCUUUGUAACAAUUACUCUGAUCUCAAAACCCAGAUCUCGCGAGGCUACAGAUUUAGUACAACAAAAAGGAAAAGAAAAAAUUAUGGAUGCUUUGGAUUCAGUUUUCGAUCCGCUGAGAGAUUUCUCCAAGGACAGCAUCCGCCUCGUCAAGCGUUGCCACAAGCCCGAUCGGAAAGAAUUCACCAAGGUCGCGACUCGAACGGCCAUCGGCUUCGUCGUGAUGGGUUUCGUCGGAUUUUUCGUCAAGUUGAUUUUCAUUCCCAUCAACAACAUUAUCGUCGGCGCAGCCUAAUUACUUCCAGUUGCUAAAAGAACAUUACAACAUCCCAAGCAUGGCUGUUCAUUACUUAGACUCAUUUGGCAAAUUUUGUAGCACUUUUCUAUCUAGUUGCUGACAGUUAUGUUAUAUUUACCUGGUCCCAUAUGAACAACUUAAGUUUUAUUCUA